AUGAAUUGGAUUGAAGAAACUCUUGAUCGUCUAGUUCAAAACGUACUAAACAGUACAGCGUUGAUAUAUGGUGCUAGACGGGAAACCUUUGCUGAUCUUAACGAACGUAUUCACAAAUUGGAAGCUCAAUUGAAACGUCAUGGGAUCGACCAACAGAAUCUUGUUGGUGUUAAUGUGUGCCGUUCAAUCGAUUCGAUCGUAUGUCUAAUAACUCUAUUGAAAAUGAACUGUACGAUAGUACCACUCGGCUUAACUUAUUCAAUAGAACAGCUUCAUUACAUUGUACAGGAUACUGGUCUCAACUGGAUAUUGUCUGAGAAACCGUACGAUUUUCUCGAAUAUGAUUAUAAAGAUCAGGUGCAUAUAAUAUAUUUCAAUACGGAAUCUGAUUAUUCUGAUGCAGACAAUGUGCGUGCUGUGAAGGCGAAACAUAUAGUAGAUGAACCAACUACGAUCGGUUAUAUUUUUUAUAAAUUUGGAUCAGCAGAUUCUCCAAAGCGAAUCUUAGGAACAAUAAAGAACUUGAAAAAUCGCUUUGAAUGGAUGUGGCAACACUAUCCAUUCGUAAUUGAACGUGAUGUUUGUUGCUACAAGACUGCACUAAGUUUCUCAGAUUUAUUAUGGGAAACUUUAGGAGGAUUGCUCCAAGGUAUACCGUUACUGGUGAUUCCGUCACACGUCGAAAACAAUCCAUUGGAAAUGAUCAAGUUAAUGAUCAAAUAUAGUGUUAACCGUCUAACAAUGACUCCAUCGCUUCUGAAGCUUCUAGUGAAAUUGCAAAAAUCCACUAUGAUUGAUUGGAGUGCACUGUCAUUGAUGAUCUCAAGUGGCGAACCUUUGCCAACUUCUGUGGCAACUCAAUUUAUUCAUACAUUUCCUCAAGCAACACUACUCAAUGUUUACGGACACGACGAAGUUUAUAGUCACGCUUAUCCAUUCGGAUCCAAUAAUGAAGACGACUACGUUCCAAUUGGAGAGCCUAUUAUGAAUGGUGCAGCAUACAUCCUUUCGAAUGACCACCAACUCGCUUCACACGGAGAGUUAUACAUUGACGGUACUGGUACAGGUGAUAUUGUUUGCUGCUCACUCAGUGGCUACCUACAGUUCAUAGGUCGCACUAUCGAUCAAGUGGAAACACCAGGUCACACGGUUUCUUUACGAAAAAUUGAAAAAGCUCUCAUAGCUACAUCUAUCAUAGAAGAUGUCAUUGUACUCGCACGUUGCCUAUCUUCCAAUGAUGGUAAUGUAUUAAUUGCUUAUGUCAAAAGAAACAUGGAAUAUUCCUAUUCGAAAACUAAACUAAUCUCUCUACUCUAUGAGCAAUUAAAACGAACUCUAUCUGACUAUAUGCUACCGAACGCUUUCGUGCUCCUUGCUGAUUUUCCACUAACACCGAGUGGGAAGAUUGAUCGAAAUCUCCUACCAGAUGCUGUUACAAGCGAUUUUGUUCAAGCUAAUGUUUACAUUGAACCGGCAACUGAAAUCGAGCAAAUAAUUGCAAAGAUAUGGUGCGAUCUUCUGUCUCUUCAACAGAUCGGUAUGAAUGACAAUUUCUUUUCUCUUGGUGGACAUUCACUUCUUGCUAUGCAACUUAUUGUACAAUUACGUAAGCAACAUCAAGUAGAAUUAGAAUUCAGCCAACUGAUACGCGAUGCUUCAUUGAGUGCUCUGUGUACGCAUAUACAGCUUCAAAAUACAGCUUGCAAGUACAAUUCAACCGUUAUGCAACGAUUUGAUCGCACUUCUUCACUCCCAAUGGCAUAUCAACAAGAAAAACGCUGGUGUGUAGAUCAUGCAGACAAUUUUCAUAUUACAUUGCGAGUGCAUGGUCCGUUUCAUGUAGCUCGCUUUCGAGCUGCGCUAGCCUAUAUGAUCGAGCGUUACGAAGAACUACGCACUGUGUUUGUAGAACGUAUCGAGAAAAAUGAUGAAAAUAAAGCACAGGAUACACAUGUUAAGCAUCGUGAGCAAAUGAUCGUUUCGUAUUCCCAAAUGAAACUUGCAUUUCAAUUUAUCGAUACUGUCAAUGAUGAAAAAUGUCUAAAUGAUUUAAUUCGAGAUGAACUAGACAAACCUUUUUCGUUAGAAUAUGGUCCUCUCCUGAGAACAACUGCCUAUCGUAUCAACGAGUCGACACAUAUGCUCGUCCUAGUUUUUCAUCCGACCAUCAUGGAUACAUGGUCCUUACGAAUUUUUCUUCGAGAAUUAUCGUCGUUUUACAAUAUAUGGGGAGAAGAUGAGUCGACCGCACCACCGUUGAUCCAACCAGUUCGAUUUCAUUAUGCUGAUUUUGCAGUUUGGCAGCAUCGAUGGUUAAAAGGUAAGAUUGUUGACGAACAAUUCAAUUAUUGGAAAACGAAACUUCACGAGGCACCGGACACAUCUGUAUUCCCCAGCGAUUAUGCUGUUCGACCAGUGACAAUGAAACAUCGCUGUGCAACUGUAAAACUUCCUCUUCCACAAUUUCUUACUAACACUCUUCUGAGUAUGGUUGAACAAUUCGGCACGACACUUUUCACACUGAUGCUCACAGCUUUUGGUAUUCUAGUAUAUCGAUACACACACCAGGAUGAUGUUAUUAUUGGAAUUCCCGUUGCUAAUCGACAAUAUCCGUAUGUUGAUAAUAUGCUUGGCUCCUUCGUUAGUAUUCUUCCUGUACGUAUGUCCUGUGGCAAUCAACUGAACUUCAUCGAAUUCUUUCGUCAAAUCAAUGAAACACUCAUCGAAGCUUAUGCACACCAAGAUGUAACGUUCGAACAGAUAAUUGAUCAACUGGAAGUCAAUCGCGCACUUAAUUAUAACCCAAUCUUUCAAAUGGUUUUCAAUGUCGAGUAUGCAUCGUCUUCUCCGGUAAAUAGUUUUAUUCUCGGCGAACAAGUUCAAGUGUCUAUGCAUCAUGUACCACGUACCACUUGUUUGUAUGAUAUGUUUGUAACCGUGCACGAGGAAUGUUUGUGGUUGAUCAACGAUACAUAUCGUUCUUUGGUUCUUGAAUUCGAUUAUAAUCCAGGACUUUAUCAUGAAUCUACAGUUGUCUCCAUUGGAAAUAAUCUCGUCAAAUUACUUGAAUCAAUGGUUCAAAAUUUACAAAUUCCAAUCUCACAACUGAAUAUCUAUACCUUUGAGAUGAAAGAUACAUACCAAACUCAGAAGUAUGAUGACACGCUACUUGUACACCAGAUGUUCGAACGCGAAGCCGCACUUCGUCCAAACGCUCGUGCCGUUUCAGAUCUUAAUCAUAUUCUUUCGUAUGCAGAACUUAACAUGCAGUCGCAUAGAAUGGCUGCAACACUUGCUCAGUACGGUGUAGAUACCGACACAAUCGUUGCUGUAUGUCUUAAUCGAUCUUCUGAUGUUGUAUCUACGAUUCUUGCUAUACUCAAAGCAGGUGGUGUAUUUCUACCUAUCGACAAUCAACAUCCAUCACCACGAAUCCGUGACAUGCUUCUGCACAGUCGCUGUCAAUUUAUGGUCAUCGACAAAACGUUACCUGUGUUUUCUGAUUUGAUGAUCGAUCAUGGUACUUGUACGAUUAUCGAACUUGACGUGUUGAAGAAUCCAGAGAAUACUCGAUUUGAUGAUGACCAGCACCUGCCAACGGUGAGAAAUCAUAAUUUAGCUUAUGUUAUAUACACAUCAGGUUCGACUGGUGCUCCAAAAGGAGUGAUGAUCGAACACAGAAGUCUACAGAAUAUUGCUCAGGCAUGGAAAACCAUUUAUCGAUUAUCUCCAGAAAUGCACCAUCUUUCCAUGGCAAAUGUCGCCUUUGACGUAUUUGUUGGAGAUAUCGUUCGAUCUCUCUGCUUCGGUGGUUGUUUGAUUCUUUGUCCUAGAGAAACUCUAUUUCAACCAAAAGAAUUAUUGACUCUCAUUGAACGUGAACGUAUAACAUGCGCUGAAUUCGUUCCUGCAAGUGUGCGUGCUAUUAUUGAGAAUACCAGUCUUGUUGAGAGACAACGCCAUCUGGCAUCGCUAUCGUUGAUGAUCUGCGGAUCGGAAAAGUGGUCGAUAGAUGAAUAUGAAAAUAUCAGAAAAAGCUUACGUGCUGGAGCACGACUUGUCAGCUCUUAUGGUCUUACUGAGCUAACAAUUGAUUCGACAUACUUCGAAUGUAAUACAUUAACUUGGAACAAUGAAACUGCAACAGUUCCCAUUGGCAUUCCUUUCCCCGGAGUUGAAAUAUAUGUACUUGACGCGCAUUUUAUGCACGUUCCAUGCGGUGUUACAGGUGAACUUUUUGUUGGUGGACCAUCGGUAGCUCGAGGUUAUUUACAUAAUCCAACAUUGACGGACGAACGAUUUCUUGUAAAUCCAUUUAAGAAACAUUUGAGUAAUAAUCGCCUGUAUAAAACAGGAGAUCUUGUACGUUAUCUUUCUGAUGGAAGGACACUCCAAUUUGUUGGUCGUAUAGAUGAGCAGAUCAAAGUGCGUGGCUAUCGGAUUGAAUUGACCGAAAUCGAAUGCAUUCUGUCGAAAGUACCUGAAAUACGGCAAACAAUCAUAAUGGCUCAAAAAGACAAUGCUGAACAGAUCUCACUUGUUGCUUAUGUUCUUCUCAGGACCGAAUUCGACAGUGAGAAGAAACAAGCAGUUCGCCGUACCCUUCGUGAUCAUGCUAUGAAACAUCUACCAGCUUAUAUGGUGCCAAAUGCCUACGUUAUCUUGGAAUGUUUUCCAUUUUUACCUAACGGAAAAGUCAAUCGAAAGGCAUUACCAAUGCCGAAUGACGUUGAUCGACUUCUAGACCGAGUAUCAGAUGAAAAUCAAAUUCAAGCCGAAACUCGUCUUGAGAAAGAUCUUCUUAAUAUAUGGCAACGUGUCCUGCAUCGAACUACGAUUUGUCUCAAUGACAAUUUUUUUCAACUCGGAGGUGAUUCGAUCUUGGCCAUUCAACUGAUUUCCAGCAUUCGGCGAAUGUAUCGAAUACCGAUGACAACUAAUCAGCUAUUCCGGUCGCCGACAAUUCGGAAAUUAGCAGAUGAACUUCAACCUUUAUUGCCAAAGGAUUCGUCAGUUUCAUAUGCAAGUCAAAACUGUCGUGAAAAAAAAGCAACGACUAACGAAAAUAGUGUUAUUCCACUUACGCCUAUCCAACAAUGGUUUUUCGAACAAAAUUUCGAGAACUUCAACCAUUGGAGUCAAUGUGCUUUAAUGACAUUUCCCAUCGAAAUCAAGUCUAGUCAUGCCAAAGAAGGUUUGUUCGAAUUAGUACGCAAACAUCCAGGUCUAUUUUCAAAGUAUUACAAAGAUGAAACUUCAAAUCGUUGGUUACAUCUGCCAUGUUUCGAUUCCUCAACCGUUAAUCUCGAAACAAGCCUAGAACUUCUAAAUUUAGUAAAUUUGCCUGCAAAUGAAAGAGAUGUUAUCUUAGCAAAUAAAAUUGAACAUGCUGAUAGUUCUCUUGAUAUUACUAUUGGCAAACUUUGGCAUGCUCUUUUAGUAUCAAUUGGUGACGAUGUCGGGCUGAGACUUUACAUUGUUAUACAUCAUUUGGUAGUUGAUGGCGUGUCUUGGAGAAUUUUCACCGAAGAUCUCGAAGAUAUACUAAACUCACACUGUUUCGGUCGUAACGAAAUGUCACCUUCUACAUCAGACUCAUUUUCAGAAUGGGCUGCAGCUCUAGUAAACGAAGCUCAAUCUACCACGAUUACAGAUGAAUUUGAAUUCUGGUCUCAGAUGAAUUCAAAGUCGAAAAAUGCCGCACAAAUACCACGUGACUUCGAUCACGGAACGAACACUAUGCAGCAGAGUAGUGUUGUGCACACAACACUAGAUCAAAAAGUUACAGAUCUUCUAUUACCUAUGCUUUCAUCCUACAGUAUCACCAUAUACGACGCCCUUUUGACAGCAUUACUAUUCAGUCUUCGAUUGUGGUGUCAUCACGAUCAAUUCUAUUUGGUUUUAGAAGGGCAUGGGCGAGAAGCGGUUGACGCUGACGUGGACAUAUCUCGAACAAUCGGAUGGUUUACAACAGAAUUUCCCAUUUUCUUCGACUUUAACUGCACUCAUCAACAACUGAGUAUACACCAUUUGAGAAAUGUGCAUGAUCAACUGCAAGCUGUCCCUAAUCGAGGUUUCGGUUUUGGUCUACUGAAAUAUUUAAAUGAAAAUGCCAACAUACACGACGUUCUCGCAGCAUUGCCCGAGCCAGAUAUACUAUUUAAUUAUCUUGGAAUAUGGAAGACUAAGAGUGAUCGACAGUUAAUUGAAACAAAAGGUUGUCCAGCACUUGACAAGAUUGGGCCAAUGAAUCAUCGUCAACGGUUGAUUGAUUUCGAAAGUUAUAUCAUAGACGAUCAGUUACAUGUCUAUGUUACUUACAGUCAGAAUCAUUUUGAAUCUAAGACAAUCGAACAAUUAGUGAAGAAUUUUUCAACAGCUAUCCAAGAAAUAAGUAACUUUCAACUGAGUUGUUCGACGUCAGAACCAAUUAGUUGUAUUCCAGUCGUAUCUUAUCCUUUAUCACCUAUGCAGUCAGGGAUGUUAUACCGCUGUUUGCAGUAUCCACAUUCGGAUGAGUAUCUAGUUCAAGGUGUGUUCAAAUUGAGCGGUAUCGUCGAUACACAGCGUGUGCUGAAUGCAUGGCAAAUACUGAUCGAUUCGUACGACAUACUUCGAUCGAGUUUUCAUUGGGAUGCGACUGCUGGACUAUAUCAACGAGUAGAACCUGUUGGUAUUCGGAUCCCCUUUGAUUUUCUCGACUGGUCUGUCGAACGAACGAAACUGAACGAUUUCUUAAUAGCUGAUCGUGGUCAACUAUUUGAUCUCCAUGCAGCACCCUUGUGCCGCAUUACAUUAAUCAAGUUAUCCUCUGGUGAAUAUUUACUUGUUUUCACGCAUCAUCAUAUCCUUCUCGACGGAUGGAGUACUCCGCUAGUACUCGAACAGUUUUUGAAAGCUUAUGAUCGACGUCAUCAAUUCAUUUGUCGAGGAUCUCAAUACGGUGAAUUUAUCCAAUACAUUGAAACGCAAAAAACCGAAUACUUAAACAAUAUCAAAACAUUCUGGCAGACUUAUUUGCAAGAUCUCAAGGAACCGUGCUAUUUGACAUCGGCUUUUCAACAUCUGAUUACCAAUACUGAAAAAACUUCGAGCGAACAAAACCAUGAUGAGAUUGUUCUUCAUUUACCUUCUCAAUUACUCGGAUCUAUCGAUGCUUUUUGUCGCCGUUGUCCCAUCACGAUGAGUAACUUAUUGCUUGGAUGUUGGGCAAUCAUUCUCUCACGAUGCUUGCAACGUAUAGAUAUCGUAUUCGGAAUAACAAUUUCAGGUCGCACUGUACCAGUCGCAUCUAUUGAACGUAGUAUCGGUAUUUUUAUCAAUACAAUACCUCUAUGUAUAUCUACAGCUUACAACAAAUCGAUCGAUAUGUUGAUUUCCAUUCAAGAACAACUUUGUCGUCUACAAGAAAUGGGUACUGCCGUAUCAUUGGGCGAGAUUCAAUCGUGGGGAAAACUGGGUAAUGGACAACCUCUUUUCGAUACUCUUUUUAUCAUUGAAAAUUAUCCUGACGUUUCGAAACGACAUACGUAUUCUUUGAAAUGUGAUCAACAUGCUCUGGGUGAAAUUGAAAAGACAGAGUAUCCUCUUACUGUAUGUAUUACUUUCGAUGAUAAAAGCACUCGACUUACUCUCAACUAUAAAACAAAGUAUUUUCCGUCGUCAUCAUCGAUUGUCAAACGUUUAGCGGAACACUAUCUGACUGUUUUAGACAAUAUUGUCACUGAGCCAAAUUGUUCGCCGCAACAUGUUCGUCUUUUAUCGAACGAAGAGCUGAAUGAACAAUUGGUAAUGUGGAACAAUCAAACAGUUGAGAAUCCUUGGUACAAACGAAAGCCGAAUUCGACCGUUCAUGGACUCAUAGAGGACGUCGCGAAGUGCCACUCGAGACGCAUAGCUAUCGUUCAUAACCAGAUAUCCAUUAGUUAUAGUGAACUAAACAAAGCGGCAGAUUGUCUGGCUCAAUUUUUUAUCCUUAAAGGAUAUAUACAAAAACCGGACGAUCUUGUUGUCGUUUCCUGCGAUCGAUCUAUUAAUUUUUUUGUUAUUAUUUUGGCGAUCUUGAAAGCUGGUGGUGCCUAUGUACCAGUUGACAUCGCGACACCUUUGGAACGUCUUCUCUUCAUUGUGAACGAUACAAAAACACGUCUGGUACUUGUCGAUUCAGAACAACGAGUGUCCGAAUGCCAGACACGGCUCUCUACACAGAUUGCUGUGUGUCAGAUUGACUCUGUUUUACUUGAAAGCAGCGAGGAUGAUACAACACUCGAAUACAUUCUACCCUCCGGAUGCGAACCUGUCAUCUUUCGUAAUCUCGCUUAUGUAAUCUACACAUCGGGCUCGACUGGAGUUCCAAAAGGCGUUCUUAUUGAGCAUCAAAACAUUUUAUGGUACUAUGAUUCAUUACAACAUCGCUAUUCACUGACAGACGGCAUGCUCUAUGAUUUCUCUUCGUCAAUUGCAUUUGACUUGUCCGUCACCAGUACCUUGAUUCCUAUGCUAGCUGCUGGAACUGUGAUCAUUUGUGAUGACGACAUCAAGCGUGAUAUUUUCAAAUUUCAUGAUCAUCUCGAGCGAAAUCGUAUCCAGCUAAUUAAAUGCACACCAAGUUUUUUUAUACAGAUGGUCAAUGCUCUAUGUAGCGAUGAUAAGAUCCAAUUACCUUAUUUAACGACGCUCGUUAUUGGUGGGGAGAUUCUGCCCGUUGAUUCAGUGCGUCAAUGGCUUGAAAAGCUUCCUCACCACAAAAUUUUCAACGAAUAUGGCCCGACCGAAACAACCGUGGGCGCUUCGGAGUUUCUUGCUAAUGCGAAAAGUGUUACAAAUGUGGCCGCGCACGAAAAGGGUCUACCGAUCGGCAAACCUUAUCCGUAUACAGCGUUCUAUAUUCUCGAUAGAAACAACGAAGUUUUACCAAGAGGACUCAUUGGCGAACUAUGCAUUGGUGGGCCCAGUCUUGCUAGAGGUUAUCUAAAUCGCGAUGAUCUGACGCACAGAAGUUUUGUUGAAAUUGAACUUGGAAGUACGAAGACACGUGUGUAUCGAACAGGCGAUCUGGUGUACUAUUUGUCGACCAUGGAUGUACAGUGUGCCGGUCGAGUCGAUCAUCAAGUAAAAAUUCGUGGUUACCGUGUGGAACUAGGUGAAAUCGAGUAUCGAAUCAAAUCGUAUUUGAACCUGACUCAAGUCCAUGUACUAAAAAGUACGGAUAGCACAUCAAAACUAAUUGCUUUCAUCGGCAGUCUCCGAGAAAAUCACUCACAAGUUGAAUUCGAUUUACGUAAUCAUCUCAAUUCUACACUACAGGAAUAUAUGCGGCCUCAACUGUAUGUCUUUAUAGAUCAGUUUCCUUUGACGACAAAUGACAAAGUCGAUUCGACAUUCCUUAUGAAUCUCGCUAAAGACAGUAGCUAUCUGAAAACCCAUGAGACAAAUCAUGUUUAUCCACGAAAUUUAACCGAAUUUCGUCUUUAUCAGAUAUGGUCGUCAAUUUUAGGCACAAACAGCUUCGGAAUACUCGAGAAUUUCUUCGAAUUAGGAGGGCAUUCCUUGUUAAUCAUUUCAAUGAUUAUUCAAAUCAAACAAGUCUUUACACGUGCUGUUACCGUAACAUCCAUCGUUGCCAACCCGACUAUUGAGAAAUUGAGUAAAUAUAUCAAUCAAGAACUUCAAGAGACUGAUGACGAUUCAGUAUUGUCGAUCUGUUCGGGAACGGACGAAACGCCUCUCUUCUUGAUCCAUGCGAUAGAAGGUAUUUCAUUCAUAUAUUCUUCGUUGGCGCCGUACUUUCAUGGUCGACACACUGUGAUUGCUUUGAAUGACCCUAUGUUUACGAAUGUUGAGAACAAAUUCAACGAUAUUGAAAGUAUGGCUACGUUUUAUAUAUCAUUGAUAAGAAAAAAACAACCGAAAGGCCCUUACCGUCUCGGUGGUUGGAGCUUUGGAGGUAAAGUUGCCUUCGAAAUGGCCUGUCAACUUGAAAAACUUGAUGAGCGUACCGAAGUUCUCAUCCUAUUAGACUCUUAUCUAACUGAAACAUACCGAGAAUUCAAUAUAUGCGAUGAUGAAGCAUUUGAGCAAUCUAUUCGCGAGCAUGUUGUUAAUCAAGGUGUAGAAUUAUGUUCAAAGGAAGCCGAAUAUUUAAAGAAUGAGAUAAGAAACAACUUGCUUUUAUCGUCCAAGUACAAGGCGCGAUCUUAUUCCGGACGUGUCGUUCUGAUCAAAGCUUCCGUCAAUCAUAAUAAGAAUGACACGGAUUUCGUCGACCCGUUCAAUGGAUGUAAAAAUAUAAUGCAAUCUGAAUUGGAGGUCUUUAGUGUAAAUUGCGAACAUCAUAGAAUGUUCGCAAGGGAAAAUGUUGAACAGGUAGCUACUCGCUUGAAAUAUGUCUUAUCGACUCAAAUAGCUGACCCUGUCUUGCUGAAGGUUGAUCUGUCUUGUGAAUCUCGACAUCUGUUACAUGCCGCUCAUCAUCAGGAUUAUUUUCUACUGCAACGUUUCAUUGAACUUGGUGCAGAUAUCAAUGCGCAAGAUAAUCAUGGACAAAGUGCUCUCGACAUAGCCGAGAAACAAAAUGAUAAACAAAGCAUGGCUAUACUUAAAAAUUACUUCGAUUUUUCUCUCGCCCAUUGA